GAUUACUGUUUUUCUACCCGCUCCUCUCCGUGGUUGGGGUUUAGGUAAAGGUUAUGCGUACAGCUGUAGACAUCAUAUUAUAACAGGUUAACAGACUUUAAACCCGGCACAGAGUGGACUCUCCUCAGAGAGAGAGAGCUGUGUUUCUCCAGCAGAUGACUGUACUCUGUCUGCGGUCAUGCUUCCCCGGGUGGGCAAAGAGUUUGUGGUCCGGAUGCAGUUCAACUGGCGGCCGCUUUUCCAAGGCCGGGCCUUGCUGCUGACAAACACCCUGAGCGGAGGAGUGUUAAUGGCGGUGGGAGACAUCGUGCAGCAGAGCCGGGAGAACUACAAGAAACCAGACAGAGUCCGAGACUGGAAGAGGACAGGUUGUAUGUUUACGGUGGGCUGCUCCUUCGGUCCAAUGCUGCACUAUUGGUACAGAUGGCUGGACAGACGGUUCGCGGGCAGAACUCUGAAAACGGUGUGCAAGAAGGUUCUGGUGGACCAGGUGGUCGCCUCACCGUUUUUGGGGAUGUGGUAUUUUUUAGGUAUGGGUGUCAUGGAGGGACACACUUUAUCUGAAGGAUGGAAGGAGUUUAAAGACAAGUUCUUGGAAUUUUACAAGGCAGACUGUUGUGUUUGGCCUCCGGCUCAGAUGAUCAACUUCUACUUCCUCUCGCCAAAAUUCCGCGUUGUGUACAUCAACUUCGUCACCUUAGGGUGGGACACCUACCUGUCCUACCUCAAACACAGAGUUGACCCCCCCACAGAGCUGGUUUUAGACAGCAGUGCUGUAGAUGUGCAGCAGGAAGCGCUCCCACCAUCCAAACCUCUGGAGGAGAAAGCUUAGAGACGGAGUUCAUGCUCAACGGUGAAGUUGGUCAUCUGAGGCAAAAGAAGUGUUUGCUGUUUUUAUCUGGUCAAACUUCUUUUCCGCCUUUGCAAAAGGUUGCGAGACUCUUAUAACAGAGGUCUUUGUCCUCCGACAAACUGUUCCCCUCUCAAGUUUAAAACGACCACAUGUUUCUGUCUGAACUCGGAGGAAAUGAAACUGCUGGAACACUUCCGUUCACAUCCGUAGAGUUUUAAUGUGUCACUUAUUUAUAUCUGAAUUAUGUGCACUCCUGUAGGAACAUUCAGGGAUGAAAAGCUGUUUCAUUGACUGUCAUGCUAAUACCUCUGAUGGUAGGGGUUUUCUGUUCAUCACAUCCACAUGAGUGUAACUGCUGCCCAACACGACCUUCAGCAGGCACUUUAAUGUAAGAUCCAGUUGAGUGUUUGUAGUGUGAAACUCACAUCGUUGUUUUAUCUCUAUUAUAUUAAUCUGUAUAAACUUUGCCUUAAUAUGAAGACCAGUGCUACGCUCAGUUUAUCCCUUUGAGGUCAAAUUAAUUGCAUGAUUGUGAUUAUGUGCUUAAAGAAAAUCUACUACGGGAUUAUUGUUAUGAUUUUUGUUAAAUAUAAGAUCUUUUAUAUUUUUAACGUAUCAAACUGAAUCUUCAACUUCAACGUGAAAUUAAUUUAUUUUCAACUGUGUUUUAUACUAGUGACUGUAAAUGUGACUUGAUAUACUCGCUGUAUAGGCCCAGCUGCUUUAUGUAUGAAGCACUUUCAGUUUUGGGAGGUCCGGUGAUUAAUACAUUUAUGUGAUGAUAGAAAAAACUGCAUAAAUGGUAAAUAUAUCAAAUAUAAUAUCUAUGUAUAUGUGUAUAUAUAUGUAUAUGAAUAUAUGUAUAUACAUAUUUAUAUAUGUGUAUAUAUAAGAAUAUCAUUUGACUUAUUGUGUUAAGUUCUGAUCUUGCUGAGGUCAUGCCCGGUUUCUUUGUCCGACGUGCCACCAAAACGAUACACUGAGAUUAAAAAAAUACUUUGAAUAAAAUCUUGUUCAAUGAAAA